AUGAGUCUCAAUUGUGGUGAUUCUGAUUCGGAGGUGGACUCCUUUCCCAGCUCCGAAUCUGAAUUUAAUGUUUUGGGCACCAAUCUUCUAGUCAGUCGGAGGCAGAACAAUAGCAAAACCACAGAGUGUUCAAGCUUAUCUCCCGACUUUUCCAACAAGCACGCUGCGGGCCAAAGCACACCAAAAUCUGAAAUCUUUGUGGAUGAAGGAAGUAGUUUAAUUCUUCUGGAUAACGAUCAUCUUACAGAUAGAGUUAUUGAAAUUCUUGACUCUUCAAUUAUGGACCUGGAAGACGAUAAUGGCUCUCCUCUUGACAGAUCAAGUUCGCAGGAGGAAAACAACCAAGUUGAGCUCAGCCUUGACGAAAUAAUAACUAGCAGCCAAUUCACACAAGAAGGGACCAAUGCAAAGGAAGAAGAACCGAAAAGUUAUCUUCAGCAGUUAUUGGAACGUGCCACUCCUCAAGAGUUGAGACGAGUCAAUAAAGUCACUAGAACACAAGAGGAGAUGUUAUCGAAAGUUAAGAUUGAAAUAUCCAACUCAUUUUUAGAACACAUAAAGAGGAAGGCCACUUUUGAAUUUGAUUCGGUACAGAUUGAGGAGCUGGACUCAAAACACAAGGAAAUCAGAUGGAAAUACGAGUUGGACUGCCUUUAUUAUCCGGAGCAGGAGAUAGUUGUUCCACUUCCUCAAGGAAAGAUUGAAAUUGUCAACGAGAGUACAAUCCUCUUGAGUUACACAGCAGAAGAAAUGGCAACGAAUUUACUAAACGAAAGCCUCAUAUCAUUAAUCAACGAGUAUCCCGCCGAUUCAUUCUUUAUCAUUCUUGUCGAAGGGUGGGAUACUUACUUGAGGAGCAUCAAAACGAAACAUAAUAGAGAUUUUGUAAAAGAGAUAAGAAUGCGAUUGGACCAAGAGGAACUUCAUCAAAAACGGCUCAAGAGCACUCCCCGACCUUCCAAGCCCAAUCCUGUCGACCCUGACAAGUUAUGGGAGAAGGUUCUAUGUAUGGAACUUGAGUUCAAAGUAAACAUAUUCCCUGUUCACAACGUGGUAGAUUCCCUGGAAUGGAUUAAAUCAUUUACAAGCACCUUGGCCUCGAGAACAUUCAACAAGAAACAUAGAAAUACAGGCUUCGAAAGAGUCGGAACGGUGAGAUCAGGAAGUAAUGGGGCCGACUGCUAUUUCCAAGCACUUCAGCAGUUAAAAUACAUGACACCAAUAACGGCAAAAAAACUAAUGAACGAAUAUCCUUCUAUAAACCGUUUAUACGAUCAUAUUUCCCGACAUAAUCACCUAGAAGGAUGCUCAAAGAGUAUCAGAGAGGCAUUGAUUAAACUAUUUACGUGUGACAACCCAAACGAGUUGAUAAAUUAA